AUGCCUGAGAUGAUCAAAUCGCCCGCCGACAUCAAAACCGCACCUUUCGACCCGCGCUUCCCUAAUCAGAAUCAGACAAGACACUGCUACCAGAGCUACUUGGAUUUCCACCGGUGCCAGAAGGUUCGAGGUGAGAAGUACGAACCCUGCUAUUACUUCAAGCGGGUCUAUAGGUCACUGUGCCCCAACGAGUGGUCGGAAAAAUGGGACACCCAGCGCGCAGAAGGCACCUUCCCUGGCAGGAUUUAA